AUGAUGGUCACCGUGGAAGGUAUAAGACACAAAGUGCGCGAAUCGUUGCGCCCAGGCUGGUCCUACAUCUUCACCUUGCGCGAUAGCAUACCUUCACGUUCUGUUAAUACCGUUAACCUCUCCUUUCACGACUUCCACAUUGACGCACCGGCCAACCCAACCGUUAUCAUGCGUUUCACAACUUCCCUGUUCGCCGUCGUCACCCUGUUCUGCGUACUUCUCCUCGUACAAGCAGUGCCUGUGGAACCACGGGACGACGCGGAAGUGUGCGGCAAGAUCACCGAUUGCGACGAUUGCGUGAAGAAGAAUAUCUGUGGAUUCACGUUCAACACCCACCAAUGCGUCGCGAGGAGUGCACAUACCGGGGGGACACUUGCAACCAACGCGGCUCAGUGCAAGAGUAUAGGCAAACAACCCGCACACGGUGGUGGCGGGGCCAGUAACACCGUUUCCAGGGCAGAUGCAGAGAAGAUCUGGAAAGGCAUGGAGAGUCAUGUGUUCGACGGCAACGGCGACAAACCCGGCUCCGGCAGACACCUCACCUCGACAUGGCUUAAACGCAACCCCAAGUCUGCUGCGGAUAUGGUCAUCAACCCGCAAACAUCGCUUGCAACAGUUCCCUUUGGAAUGGACGGCAGGAAGACAAAGACGCUGUUCAUCGACGGCAAGGUGACGGGGCUCGUCAACAACAAGCAGCAAGCCUUCACAGGCAGGUAUACCAGGGACAUAGUCGAGCAGAUGUGCACCGACGCGAUCGAGAAGUCGCUGGAGGAGAACAAGUCCAAGACCGCCAUGCUUGCAGGGGACAACUCCUACGCCGUGAAGUCCUUCGAUGGAGGGCCGACCGUCAGCGUUGCCGUUAACAGGAACAGCUGUUUCCCGCAGUUGAUCACCCCCACAACCAGGCAGCCCGGGGAGAAAUGCUGA